AUGGUUCCUGUUAAAGUGAAAUGGGGUAGAGAAACAUUUGAACUUACGGUGGACCUCAGAAGCACCGUUAAGUGUUUCAAGGAGCAGUUGCAGCAACUCACAUCGGUACCAGUGGAGCGUCAAAAGAUUAUGGGAGUAAAAGCCUCUCAGUGCAAUGAUAACGAGGUAACGUUAGAAGCGGCUGGCGUAGCGGCCGGAAAAACGCUAAUGCUCAUCGGCACCGCUGCUGAGGUUGUAAGAGCAACGCCGAUUGUGGCUACUGGGAACAAGGAUUCGGCAGUGCAAGCACCUGCUUCCCAUCCUGCAGAAAAACAGGCGGUCGGUCUGCAAAACAUUGCGAAUACAUGUUACAUGAAUGCAGCCGUGCAAAUGCUGCGAUUAGUUCCUGAAGUGCGCGACGUACUUAACUUCAAUGCGAAUGACCCAAUAGUGAGCGAACUUCUGAAGCUCUACAACACGAUGGACACUAAACGUGAUCCAGUUGUACCGGCAUCUCUUUGGUCCAUUUUGUUGGCCCAUUUCCCCACAUUUGCUGAAGUUAAUGAAAAGGGUCACCCAAUGCAACAUGAUUCGCAAGAGGCCCUUAACGCCUUACUCCAACGUAUUAACAGUUGCCUACCAGAGUCACAUAAGCGACUCUUCACCGGAAAUCUAUCGCAAAAAAUGGUCUGCAAGGAUGAUCCUGAUGACCAACCCGUAUUGCAUGAUGUCCCAUUUCUCAUGCUUUCGUGCAAUAUUGACGCAGAAAUUGAAACUUUAGAGGCUGGUCUUGAAGCGGCCUUCAAUGAAACGGUUAAACUCCACUCGGAGAAACUUGCGCGCGAGGCCCUUCACACUCGGACCAGUCGUAUCGCUGCAAUGCCCGAGUAUCUUUUCAUACACAUGGUUCGCUUCUCUUGGAGGUCAGACAUUCAAAGCAAGGCAAAGAUUUUGAAGCCCGUUACCUUCCCAAUGACGCUUGACCUUCAUGCGCUAUGCGCGGAGGAGUACAAACCUGAACUGGAGGUGGAGCGAAAGCGAGUGUUAAAGCGGCGGGAUAUUGAAAUGGAGCGUCGCCGAGCCGCAAAGAAUAAAACAAAGUUGGAUGAUGACGAAGCGGCACCUGCGGAAGAUGCCUCCAACACUGCGGAACCAAUCAACACUACCGUAGGGAAUCACAGCGGUUAUUAUGAAUUAUGUGGUGUUAUAUCUCACAAGGGGCGUAGCGCGGACAGCGGGCAUUACGUGUUUUGGGGAAAAUACGCGGAUCAAUGGAUGGUGUUGGAUGACAGUAACACGGCAGCGGUUUCGGAGGAGGAUGUGAAGCGACUUCGGGGUUCAGGUGAAGCCCACAUUGCGUAUGUCCUCAUGUACCGCUCAAGAGACCCUCGCACGAAGCAGUCGGUCAUUCCGCUGUAG